AGGGCCGCAGAAUUACUUAAAGCACAAGCCAUUUCAUCUCGAACACAUAACAACGAAGGCUGCCACUUUGCACUACUACAAAUACGUCGACAUGGAAGCAGCCUCCGCCAAACUGAAGAGGCGUAUUGAUGCGUUCGAGAAGCACGUCGCAUCUUGUAGGUCCUCGUUCGAUGUAGGGUUGCUGUACCGCAUGCUGAGGAUCUUUUCAGAGUCUCAGCGCAGUGAAAUCACGGGGCUCGCGGCUCUCAGAGGUCCUCAAGCAAGGGGAGGAGGAGGACAUUUAGGAACAGGACAGCGUGCUGGACCUUCAGGAGCAGGACAUGGAAGAGGACAUGUAGGAGGAAGCGAAGGAGGAAGACAGUUGAGAGGGGGACAAAUAGGGAAUGGACAAGGAGGGAGAGGACAUUUAGGUGGGCCACAAGUGGAAUCCUCCGAAGUCAGAACCUACCUCACCUGGCUUGCUGAAUACGUGCGCUACUUGGUCAUUCUCAAAAAGGUGUUCGAUGAGCGCAUUUUCAUCCCCCUGUGCGAGAACCUCUACUUGAACGAGGGAUCGGUGCAGGUGCCAGCACCCAAUCGUCACUGCGUGGGCUCUGCCCAGUCCACCUCCUCUGGUGUCUUCAGCCGCCCCAGCACAGAUGUGAGCAGCUGUGACUCCCAAGACUCGAGUUCUGCAGAACAUCACCAUCAAGGACACGAUGAUGAUCAGCACCUUUUGGGAGGUCCACAGCGAUCCGUGCCCCGCAUCGCCAAGUGCCUGUUUCGCCUGCGAAAGCAGUGGGCUCUGCUCCUGAGAGGCGAUGAGCUCAGAGAUGAAUAUUUCUCAGCCGAGAGUGGACCGGCAUUGCUCCAUUUCCAGGGCUGCGGCUCCUUCUACAAGGUGCUGCGGCUCGUGCCCGAUAUCUUCUGCAAGGCCCUACGGGCUGCUCGUCUCUGCAGGGAGUGGGUGGAUGCCCACAGCGCGACCCUCGCCACCGUGCACGCCAUCGGUCCUGCUGCGCCUGGCACUCUGUCCUCGGAGCUCCCGCAGCUGGAGAUGUCCGAGAUGUCCGUGAGCAGGUGCGACCGCGUGGAUGAGCUCAAACGCUCGGUGGACAGCAGCAAGGCCAGACUGAUGGCCCUCAACGAGGAGCUGGAGGCGCGACGCAGCGAACGCGACUUGCUGGAGGAGCGGCUCGGGGCUCUGCUGCCCGGAGCAGAUGACAUGGGACGGGUGGCUCUGCAGGAAAGGCUGGAAGUGGCUCGGAGCAGGAUCGAUGUUCUGGGGUCAGCGAUCAGGUUGGAGCGCUACCGGCAGCGGCUACUGGUGGGGGACUGGCUGGCAGAGCUGGAGUCGCAGCCAGACCGUAUUCGGCACGCGGACAGAGUGUGAAUUUUGAAGCUUGGGACACUUACAGGGAGCUGUAAUGGGACUCCUGGAGAAAGAACAUGGAAUUUGUGCUGAACGAAGUGGGUUGCAGCAUCCACAUAAUCAGACUCUGAUGCCCUGGCUAUUUUGAAGCUGUGAAGAAAAAUAAUGAAUGUGAAAAUGCCAAUGAACAACUACGAGCAUGUCUGACGAUGAAAAAGAUGUCAACAAUGCAUGUUGUAUGUAAAUCACUAUUAGUUUUGAUGGUUCAAUUAUUUGCACCCUUACAUACUAAUGAUUUUGUCAAAGUGAAAAUGUAGCAAGCAUGAUUUAUUUUCUGGUGAAUAUGUAGCAUGUGCAUACACAUUCUGUUUAUAUGUAGCGUGCUGGAGUAUCAAAUGUUAACCUUCAAUUGUACAGAAAGGCAAAUUAGAAAUAAUAUUGUACUUUUUACUCUAUAAGGGCCUGUAUAUUGUGUAUUCUGUAUGUGUAGUAUUGAUAUGAGUACCAAGCUUUUAGUAUACAUAUUGUACAUACAAACGUAGAGGUAUUGUAUUGACUGUUUAUAAUAGUAAAUGGACUUUGGGAAGGCAUAUGGCUGGAAGGGAUGAUGGACAAAGAGGGCUGCGAAAUGUCAGCCAAAGGAGGGAACAUGCCCAGUGCAAGAUCACAGAGGAGAUGGAGUAAUGAGAUUAAAUUCAAUGGAUUUUGACAUCGUGAGACCGUGAGGGGUGGACAUCAUGUAGGGAGGCCUUCAUCCAGCAGUGAAUCAUGACUGAUAAUGGGACAUCUCACUUGGU